AAUUUCUUUUCUGUUGUUUGCACUCUAGAAAGACUCGAAUGCUAAGACUCUCAUGCGAUCACUCUUGCUUCGAAGUAAGGGUUGUUAGCUACCGGCCCCCUGGAACCCAAAUCAACCUUUUGAAUGGAGUUAGUUUUUCCCUUCCUGAGAAAAGUUUUGGAUUGAUCUUUGGACGGAGUGGAAGUGGGAAAACUACUCUCUUGCAGCUUAUUGCAGGGCUGAGCAAACCAACAUCAGGAUCCAUUUGCAUUCAAAGAUAUGGUAAUGAUGGCACUCCAAGUCAGUCUCCUGAACUAUUAACCCCAGAAAGAGUUGGUAUUGUUUUUCAGUUUCCUGAGAGGUUUUUUGUGGCAGAUAAUGUUAUUGACGAAGUUACAUUUGGCUGGCCAAGGCAGAAGGGUGGCUUUGAAUUGAGAGAGCUUCUUGCUUCAAGACUCCAAAGAGCUAUUGCUUCGGUUGGAUUGCAUGGAAUCUCUUUGGAUAAAGACCCCCACUCACUAAGUGGGGGUUACAAACGUCGGCUGGCCUUAGCAGUUCAAUUAGUAAACGUCCCCGAUUUAUUGGUAUUGGAUGAACCUCUAGCUGGUCUUGACUGGAAGGCACGUGCAGAUGUUGUAAAGCUGUUAAAGCACUUAAAGAAAGAAGUAACUUUACUCGUUGUCAGUCAUGACCUCAAAGAGCUAGUGCCUCUAGUUGAUCGCUCUUGGAAGAUGGAAAUGGGUGGAAGACUCGAGGAAGAGCCUCUGCCAGUUUAAUCUUCAAAUUGUACUAUAGCCCUUCUUAUCAACACAGGAUGCUGCAUGAGAAGCAGAACCUUCACCACCAGCAGAAGCUGCAGAACCUUUAGAGCUCUUUGAAGAGGAAUGGAGCUUUUUAAGCAUCUUCUUCAUGAAAUGCGUGGCAUAUGUUUUGUGGGCUUGUUUCUUCCCAUCCUCAUGUUUCUCUAUGGGAUGCUUGUAUCUUAUGUUACUCUUCUUAAAGGGCUGCUCCAGUGGUCUCUUUUCUCUAUUUACAGCUAUACUUGUUUCAAAUAGUUCAAUUGAAGAUCCAGAAAGGUAUCCCUGGAGUGGGCAAAGCACCAUAUCUCCAUACUCUUCUGUGUCCACACCUUCUAUUUGCUUGCCACUUAAUGUAAUAGUGCUAACACUGCUUCUCUCUGAUGAUCCAUUGCACAUCUCUUUAGCUUCAGCCUGCAGGAACUUCUCUAGCUCAUCAUUGAUAAGCUUCAAUUCAUUUUCUGUUACCUCUGUUUUUUUCCCUGUUACACUCUCAAAGGGCAUGGGAAAUGUUGGUGUUGGAGGCUCUGAAUUGAUAGGUUCCUGACCAAGAGUUCCAAUUGUAAGAAAGCCAUUGAAGAGUUCGGAGUUAAUAAUAGCUGUUUCUUCUUCAAAGAACUCUUCCACCCUAUUGGUUUUGAGUUCACUGGAAUAUUCUUGACAUUCCCCUUGUUGCUUCCCUAAGUAUGCAUAGCUGUAGCUUGGCUUGGAGUAGUAUUGUUGGUCGCUAAGUGAUGGCUGAACUGAGAGGCAAACAAGCGAAUUCCCUAAAACCAGAAAUCAAAAGGAGUUGUUAAAAAGACUCAGUGUGCUCUUUAUCAUCUUUCUCUUGUACUAAUUGGGUACGGAGUAAUCAAAUGGCUGCAGUAGCUUGUAUGACAUGCUGGUGAGGGUGGUAAAUUUGUGGACAUGUCCUACCCAAAAGAAAGAAAAAAAUGUAGAGACCUAACAGCAGCUUCUAUGACAUAUUAUAAAGCUGCCAUAGGACUUACUGCGGAUCCAUCAUUUGAUCAAUGUUUUAUUUUUAAAAAAAUUUAUGUCUCGUCGCUAUAAACACUUGGUACAAUAGAUUAUAGCCUUUAACUUUUGACGUAGAAAAUUCAGCCGGUAAUCAUUUUUAUAUUACUGGUGCAAUCGAAAAGGAAAAAGAAGAAGAAUUUCUAUCAUUUGGGAUAUAUUUAUUUAAGUAAUUUUUUUUUUUUGGAUGAGUGAGAAUACCAAUUGUGAAAUCCUUGAAAGGCUCAUUGCUAUUUCGCCUUAGUCUACGGUGCAUCCAACCCAGUAACUGCAACAAUGACAAACAGAGUUAAAAGAUUGAUUUGUGUUCAUGCAAAAUGUAGAGGAAUUUGGACUCACCUUCAUCUUGAACUUUUGUUAGAGGGGCUGAUGAUUUAUUGCUUGGUUUGUCAAAGGAGACACAGAUGAAGCAGGAUGGGGAAAUGGGAUUUAAAAAGGAGACUUGGGCCUGAUGAAAGAGGAAUAGAUUGGAAUCUUGUCAUCAGGAUUGUUCGUGAAUAGAAAGCCAGAGGUUGCUAGAAGGGUCUGAGAUAAAGGUGAUCAAAGAGGAACAUAGAGAAAGAUACAAAUAUAUUUGUCAUCUGUUUGUUCUCAAGAUCAAAUCAUGUGGACAAAUUGAGGAGGGGGUUUGAGACCCACAAGUUGGUGAACAUCUGACUUGGAUGCAUUCAAGCUUGGAGUGGGUUGUAGGGUACAGUAUUAGGUGCACUGUUGACCAUUGAUCAGGAGUGGUAUAAACAUGUUACUGCAAAUGAGGCAAUCAUGUCAGUCACUCAACUGAUGAAUUUGUGCAUCCGAGUGUGCAAGAUAUAUUCAGUUGCAAAAUAUGUACGUAUUAUGAGAGAAAGUAAAGAUAUAAGUAUACACAGUUUCUUUCUGCAUGCAAUGCUGACAAGGGCGUGUGAUCUAUUAUGAAUUAGUGUGUGGUAUUUGGUGAAGAGGAGAAGCCCAAAAGUAUAUAUAGCAACUAUAAAGUGCGCAUGUAUAUUUUGAAUGCCGUUACAUGCAAAGAUAAUUAAAUUCUAAAGAUAUUAUACUCAUUAGGGUCAGCAACGGUACUUGAUGAAUAUUCUAAGUUUUUGAUAGGUCAUACUUAUCUGUUAGAUUAUAAUAAUAUCCUUAUCUUGCUAAUCGUCAUUGUGAUUGCUGCUUAGAAAUAUCUGGCAUUAAUGUUUUAAAAUGUUGUGGGUCGUUGCAAGUAUUGGUGUGUUAGGAACUGUAUUAUGGGUAAAACUUGUCCUGCUCUUUUUGGAACUUCAUACUUAAUCAGUUUUUGUAGAUAAAAUGAUUAACUAAACACAUUAUAAAAUGAUAACCUGACUAAAUAAUCUAUUAUGAUUUCUGGUAUUCCGUUAUCCCUGAUUGAACUACAUUUAUUGUUUACGAUACAGUAUUUUUCCAUUAUUGAACUUGAAAAUUAUUAACUAAUAGGAAGAGAUAUGGUUGACAUCUUUGUUAAGCUAAUUAAAAUUGAGUUUUAUUUUGAGCACUUUACCAUGUAGUUUGAACUGUCUUGGCCAUUGAAAAUUUAAAAAUAAAAUAAAAGAGAAAUGGACUUUGUUAAGAGAGUCGCGCAUCAUAUUUAUUCACGGGUUAUCAGUUAAACGCAAUGUUGUUAUAGUUGGUCGUCUGUUCAAGGCUUGGCAAAAUAGAAGAAAUUUGUUGUUACUGCAUCUGCAUUUAUCAUUUAUGCCAGUUAUGAUUCUAGUUGACGCAAAUUUGCUAAAUUUGUGACAUGAAACAGAACCAAGCAUUUUCAAUCAUCACAUUUAUACUCAAUUUUCAUU